UCAUGCUGAGUGUUGUAAUAGAGCCGGAGCAUAGGGAAUCCUAAUCCUAAAAGCAAGGGAAAUUCAGCAUUGCAGUAGUUGAGCCUGACAGCGGAGCAUGGCAGGGGCUCUCUGGAAGUAAAGACAUAUAGCAGGAGAGGUUGUGAUUAGCCUGGGGCACGCAGAAAAGCAAACCCUCCAGCACCCCUUGUGCACCCAAACCCUGCCAGAAGACAGAGCUCUGCCACUCGUCCUGUGGCCAGGCUCUUCUUUCCUUGCAAAUGCAAAACCCGUGCAAAGCAGGCAAAUUGACCCCAGCAGCGUGCAAGCAACAAGCUUAGCACAGCAUCCCCUUCGUGCAGUAGCUGGAGGCGGCACUGGCCUGGCACUGUUCAGAUGUUGGUAUAGCCUUCCCCGGGUCAGCAGAUUUUUUCAAGUUGUUCUGUGCCACAAGGAAUCAAACAGAAGUCCGAGCUGGUACGAAGAGUGCCCCUGCUCACUUGUGUGUCUUUUCAUCCUCUCUUUCUUUAAAGAAAAAGUUGAGCAUCCCUGAGGCUAUGAGAUAUCUGGCUGGCACGAGUUCCUGUGGGAGUCUGGGCUUGUUACCAGUUAAUCAAAUACUCAAAUAUAAUUUUUGGCAGGGGGGCAUGUGGCUAAUGGGGCAGACACUGGGAACAGAGAGUUUCAGGAAGCAUAAAGCCGCUGCAGCUGUAAUCUGGUUUGACAGCCCAGAGAGCCACACAAACACAUCGGUGCAGCACGCUGAUGGAGCAGCUGGAGACAAAAACCACAGACACAGCUCUGACUUAUGGGCACCCCCAGCCAGCAGCAGAAAGCAAAGCCCACCUUCCAUUGCAAGGCCUGCUCGUGCCCUGUGCUUUGCUGGUCAUGGUAAAAUUAAAAGUGUGCUCCAUGCAGCUCGCUUCAUUGCUUGCAAUAACUCAUGAGGAGUGCGAAGCUGCUGGUUCAAACCACCAAGGAUGCCAGGGAAGCAGAGCCUCUGCAGAUCAGGACUUGUUCACCAGGGCAUUAAAACACCUAAAAACCACGGAGCAGAGCAGGCUGCCUUCCAGGGCGUGCGCUUUUGUUCUGUGCAUGCAUUUCCUUAAGGCUGCAGGGAUUUCUCUUCCUUCCCCAGAGCACAGCUGAAGAGCAAGUGUCUGGUGCUGGCUGCGCACCACCCACCUCUGCUCAGUCCCGCAGCUCCUGCAAGCCAGCCUUUUCCACGGGUUCCUUAUUUCCACGGGUUUCCUCCGAAAAGCAGUCCUGGGCACGAGUGGCCUCGUGACGGAGGCUUCUGACCGCGGCGAGGGCUCUGGGGAAGGUCGGAGGCAGGAGACAUUCCCACUUCUCCCCGUGGACUCUGCAGGUCCUGGUGGCUUUGAGGAACGGUCCUUGGAAAGGUGCAGCGAGAGAUGCGCGUCCUGGCUGCCCCACUGCGCCUGCUGCUGCUGCUGCAGCUGAGCUGCUCUCACACCGUGCACUGGACAUACAAAGAGGGCGAGCUGGAUGAAGAGCACUGGGGACAACACUUUGCUGCCUGCGCUGGCAAGCGCCAGUCCCCCAUUGACAUCCAGAGGAAAAAAGUGGUGCACAACCCCCAGCUGCUGCAGCUGGAGCUGAGUGGCUACGACGAGCCCUUGCAGGGGGACUUCACGAUGACCAACAACGGCCAUUCAGUCCAGAUCGAUUUGCCACCCACCCUGCGCAUCGCCCGAGGGCUCCCAGGCCUCUACACGGCAGUGCAGAUGCAUCUGCACUGGGGGGGCCUGGACCUGGAGACCAGCGGCUCUGAGCACACACUGGACGGGAUGAGAUACGUCGCAGAGCUGCACAUUGUCCAUUACAACUCUGCCGAGUACUCGAGCUUUGAAGAUGCCAAAGACAAGCCGAAUGGACUGGCUGUGCUUGCAUUCUUGUAUGCGGAGGGGCACUUUGAAAAUACGUACUACAGUGAAUUCAUUUCCAAACUGGCAAAGAUCAAGUUUGCAGGUCAAUCAACAAAGCUCACUUCUCUGGACGUCCAAGCCAUGCUGCCAGAAAACCUCUCGCACUACUACAGGUACCAGGGCUCGCUCACCCCACCCUGCUCUGAGAGCGUGACCUGGACCAUCUUCGACUCUCCCAUUGUCCUGUCGCACAUGCAGAUCAGCCUCCUGGAGAACACCUUGCUGGACUGGCACAACCAGACGCUGCGCAACGACUACCGGCACGCUCAGCCCCUGCACGGCCGGCUGGUGGAGGCCUCCUUCCGAGCCAAACCCACCCCAUAACAAUGCCAGCCAGAAGAGCUCAGCCUCAGACUGGAACAGAUCCAGACGCAGCUCCAGGACAUGAAGAAGAUAAAAAACGUAACAGCUGGCUUUUUGGUUAUUUCAGGUAUUAAAUCCAGCUCUUUCCCAGCUUUCUACUUCCCCGUGGAAAACAUUGAGAGCUUUGUGACUGUUCAUCCCCUCCACGAUAUGUCUCUCCAAGCCUUCACCUUAUGCUUCUGGACAAAAGCCCAGCACGCUGGCAGUCAGACCGUUCUUUCCUACUCCACGCAGGAGAGGGAUAAUGAGCUAGUGCUGACCGUGGGCACAGAUGUGGGGCUGUGGAUAGGAGGCCACUUCAUCAGCUUCCCCCUGUACCACAAGGCACAGGACUGGCUGCACUUCUGCAUGACGUGGGCCUCCCAGUCUGGAAUGGCAAAUUUAUGGCUCAAUGAGCUGCCGGUAAAGCAAAGAGCAUCCAGAAAGGGUACAUGAGCCAGGCUGGAGGGACGCUUGUUCCUUGGGAAAGACAGAGACACUCUUCUCGGGGCCUUCUCCAAUGGAUUGGCAGGGUGGAUGACGCACGUGAACCUGUGGAGCCAAGUCCUCAGUCCCGCAGACAUUCGGGCACUUGCGCUGUGCAGAGCAGGGCGCCCCAAGGGAGAUAUCAUAGCAUGGGGAGAAACCUCCAUGACCCUCUUGGGAGGGGUGGUUCUGGAGUCUGACACCAGCUGUCAGUGACCCCCCGACACCCCCUUUUUAAAAAACAAACAAACAAAAGAAUCCAAACCACUUUCUGGGGAAAAUGAGAAAGGAAGUUUGCUCCAUUUAUUGUUUAGAUUGCUUUUUUUCUCCUGCUUGCUAUAGGUUCACUAGGCACCUUGCUUAGUUUUUCCAAGUAGGCAUAUAUGGGCAAAGCCUCUAUCAAUCGGUCGGAUAGAGGCAAAAAAACAGAGAACAACUCAGCGCAGUCCAAUGCCUUGCAUCUUCAGAUCCCUCCUAGGAGUUUGGUUUAGGUCCCCAUACGCAGACUUUCUUCUCAUAUGCCAAAGUGCCACUCGUUGGUUAAAAGAACCCCUUUCUCAGGUAAAACUAUUCUCACAUCCUUCACCUCACCUCCAUGUCUCGCCAUCUUCCCUGCACGCAUCCUUUAUUCCUAUUUUCACCAUCAAAUCACCACCCCUUCCGCUGCAGAUGUAUCAGACAGUAAAGGGUACACAAAGGACAGCGCGGCUCCUACGCAGUCGUUGCGCUUUGCUCAGUGACUCGUCCUUGCUGUAAAUGGACGGUGAGACGGAGCGUGGAAGCAGCUUCUUUUUUGACACGUACACAUCACAAGACAAGACUGAGGGCAUGUAGGACACUCGUCUCCUGGGGUUAAAGACGUACGUCAUGUGAAGGACUAUCGCCAGCAUCAACACCAAGUCCGUGCCAGGCUGCUGAACAAUUCUGCUUUUUUCCAUACGGAGGGCAGCAACCUUGCACAACAAUUGUGUGAAUUUCCACAUGUUAAGUUAUGCAGCAAUUAACCCUUAAACCCCUUAAAUAACACCUUAGAAAUC